AUAGAAAGGGGAGAUGGGAUGGGGAGAUGGAAUGGGGAGUUUCCCAUCACGGGUCAGGCUCAGCCCUCACAGCACAGGGAGCAGGGACCACGGGGACCCCCGAGGGACCCUGGCAUCCCCUCUGCUGCUCCCGGUAAGGCUUUGGGGUGCCAAAGAGUGGCUGUAAGCAGGGACAAGGUGGCCGUGGCCUUCGCUCUCCUCAAGCACAGCUGCAGCUGAGGGAUGCUCGGGACCGAGCUCCUCCAGAACGCGGAUCCGGCCGGGUGCCGGGGCCAGGGGGUGCCCGUGGCUGUGUGUCCCGUGUCCUGCGCCGCGUGUUCCGGGCAGCCGGAGCAGCCACACGUGCUUUGAGCGGCUCAGGGUGCGGGAGCCGCCCGGCCCCGCCGGCUGUACCAGCGAGCGGCACUGUCGGCCCGCGCUGCCUCAUCGCCGCCGCCUAUUUUUAGCUCUUUUUAUUAUUUCCCCCCCCGGCGCUGGAAAUGAAAACGAAGCCCUUGCAGCAGGGCCGUCCCCCCGGGCCCGUGGAGCGCCGGGGGAGCGGGGCUGGCGGGGUCAGGGGCGGAUGCGGAGCGGGCUCCGCGCUCACCUUGAGCCGGCGGGGGAUGCUCCGGGGAGCUCCGGGCAGCGCCAUUGGCUGUCCCCGCCGGCUCCGGGGGUAUUUAUGGGGCGGGGGCCGCGGGUCGGCACUCGCUGCUCUCCCGGCACACGCUGCCGGCCCCCAUGCACCACGCCAUGGUGGACUUCUCCGAAAAAUACCUGGAAAGGUAGGACACCCGGCAUCUUGCGAGGAACGGGAUGCGCUGGCCAGGGGAUGGUUUGGAAGCAGUGCGGGGUGAUGCUGCUGGACCUCGCGGUCAUGCUGGGGUGCCGGGGCAGAUCACUUUGUAGAGACAGCUCCGGAGUGAAACCAGCAAUUUUUAAAGGGAAUUAUUUCUUGCUGUGGCGUUUAUUGUGCAGUGUGGCCGCAGCUGGGGGCUGUGCACACCCAGGGUCGGUGCCGCUCCUUUGCAAGGGUGUGCAAAGAGGAGCAGCACGUGGAAGCUGGGGAACUUCCUUAGGAGGUGUUUGCCUGGUGUGUUCCAGCUGGAAAAUCCACCCAGGAGCCAGGACCACCUGCCUGGUGUGUUCCAGCCGGCCUUGGGCUGAGGGCUUUGCUGUGGAGGUGACCCACGUGUGCCACCCAGGGGUGCUCAGUGCUCUGCCAGCCCUGCUGCCCUGGGAACUGGGAGCACUGCUGAGCUUGUUGCUCCAGGCUGUGUGGGGUGGCUCAUCCUCUGUGCCAGUGGGUCCCUGGCUGCUGGUGGCAUCGGUGAUGGGAGGCAGAUGGUGUUUGGAGCGUGAGGAUCCGCGUUUGGAUCCGCUUUUCCCACAUUUGCAGGUGCCUGGCAGCGGUGGGACUCGUGUCCUGCUGGGAUCAGGGAGUGUGAAGGCAGUGGAACUGUCCGUGUCCAUGAGGGUGUGGAUGGCACCAGGGACUGGAGGGAGCGAUUGCCCUCUGCAAUAAUUCUGUGGCCCGUUGGACUGAGCCCUGGGGUUGUUGCACCUCUUUUAUUCUUCCCAGUGGUUGCUGUGUUUUACCCUCCUGGGGCUGGAGAGAGCUGUAGGUCUGGAGAGCAUCACCUGGGCUGGGGUGGUGCAUCCCUGUCCUGAAUCCCUCCUGUCCCCCUCGUGUCCCUGGGCAUGGCUUGGCCAGGUAAAGGUGGCUUCUCUGAGCAUCCUUGCUGUCUGUAACAUUAAAUUUGCAGAAUCAGAAAGAUCAAGAAGGGAAAACUGAAGCCGCUUGCCUAAUGAGAUGUUGUCAGAUAAGGAGCUUCAGAUUCAGAGGGCAGAGUCCAUAAGUGCUGAGAAAAGACUGAUGCUCUUAGGUUUUGAUAAAUACGUUAUAUCCACAGGCAGCGCAAGACUGCCCGUGUGCACUUUAUGAUGUGAUCAAGGAGAGGUAUUUUAAGUGGAAAAAAUUAAAAACACAGAUGGAAGCUGAAAUGUAAUUAAGACAGAAUUCAUUAUACUUGCUUUUUAAUGAGCGACAGAUCACUGUCACUGGGAGAAGACCGCCAGAAAAGGGAGUGAGAAGCAAGGCCGGAGCACUAAUACUUGACAUUGCUGUGUUGGGUUUUUGGGAGGUGUUUUUUGCACUUUUUGGGUUUUUGGGAGGUGUUUUUUGCACUUUUUGGGUUUUUGGGAGGUGUUUUUGGUACCGUGUUGGGUUUUUGGGAGGUGUUUUUUGCACUUGUUGGGUUUUUGGGAGGUGUUUUUGGUACCGUGUUGGGUUUUUGGGAGGUGUUUUUUGCACUUGUUGUGUUUUUGGGAGGUGUUUUUUGCACUUUUUGGGUUUUUGGGGGGUGUUUUUUGCACUUUUUGGGUUUUUUGGAGGUGUUUUUUGCACUUUUUGGGUUUUUGGGAGGUGUUUUUUGCAGUUUUUGGGUUUUUGGGAGGUGUUUUUUGCAAUUGUUGUGUUUUUGGGAGGUGUUUUUUGCAGUUUUUGGGUUUUUGGGAGGUGUUUUUUGCAGUUUUUGGGUUUCUGGGAGGUGUUUUUUGCAUUUUUGGGUUUUUGGGAGGUGUUUUUGGUACCGUGUCCCAUCCGUGCCCGGCUGCAGUGACCGCGCAGCGCCACGCGGGGGCAGCACGGCCCGCCCAGCCCUGCCCGUGCCGGGGGCUCCGGGGG